ACAUUUGUUUCCCGUUUUCAUAGUAUGCACUACAGCAAAUCAUCGUGUGUACACGUAUACGUUUCCGUGUAUCAGUGGAUUCCUCUAGAAAUCCGGAAUAUUACGCAGAUAUCCCCUACGUCAUAAGUUUGGCUGACAGAUUCACAGCAGAGUACACGCACCUGAAGUGUGGACAGCUUGUAUCACUCGGCUAACCUCGGAAUCCGGAAUCAGCCGAGGUUGACCGAAGAUUGUGAACAUGAGUAGUAAAGGAGGGGGAGGAAAACAAGGAAAAUCAAGAGGUGGAUCUCAGAAAGAUCAUGGUGGGCCUAUUGGCAAAGGAAAUUCCUCUAGAAACACUAGAGGUGAAUCACAAAGCAACAAGAGAGGUGGACAGGGACAUUCUAGAGGUGGUGGACAGGGACAUUCUAGAGGUGGUGGACAGGAACAUUCUAGAGGUGGUGGACAGGGACAUUCUAGAGGUAGUGGACAGGAACAUUCUAGAGGUGGUGGACAGGGACAUUCUAGAGGUGGUGGACAGGGACAUUCUAGAGGUGGUGGACAGGGAAAUUCUAGAGGUGGACAGCAUGGUGGACACAGAGGUCAAGGAUAUAAAGGCACUGGACGGGGUUCAGCUUUGAAUGAUCCAAAGAUCAAGAACAGAGAACUCUUUACCUCCAACGCCUUGGAUACCAACCCUGUUAAUACACUAAGAGGAAAGUGUAGGGUUGAACACGUCAAAGAAAACUACUCUGCAAAGAAGCCAAAAGAGGACACGUUCAUCUGUGUUCUAGAGUGUAGUCUGGAAACCAAAAAACUGGCCACCACGCAGGAUGAAAUUCGUGUGGGUUCGAGCCACCAGAUUGUGAAUAUGAGCGAAAGUAAAGGAAGGGGAAGUAAUAAAGGAAAGGGUGGAAACACCAGGGGUGGAUCACAAUGUAACACCAGAGGUGGACAGGGAAAUUCCAGAGGUGGUGGACAGGGAAAUUCUAGAGGUGGUGGACAGGGAAAUCCCAGAGGUGGACAGGGAAAUUCUAGAGGUGGUGGACAGGGAAAUUCAAGAGGUGGACACAGAGGUCAAGGAGGACAAGAGAAGAUGUAUGGAAGUCAACCAAACUUAUUCUUUGGGCAGCUGCCACCACGGCCUCUUUUUGGAAAUCAGCCCAUGCCAAGUCGACCACAAGAUUCUCUCUUGGGACAACCUCAACCUCCAAUGAAUUUCGGCAAUCUGCAGCCAGGCAGAAAUCCACAGAUAGGCAACAAUCCACAGUUCCGCUAUCCAACAUACCAACCAAUAAGAAUGCCAAAUUACCCAGGUCAACAGCAGCCUCCUUUUGGAAUGCAAGCUACCUAUACUGCACCAGCUCCUUUACAACCACCACAGCCAAAUCAGGAGAUCGGGGCACCCUCUGCUGGUUCAGCAAAGUUUAUGACAAAGCACCCAGUGACUGCAUUAAAUGAGAUGAAGUCCAAAGCUGUCUACAGCGAGUUUCCAACCAAGAAUGAUCUCGUGUGUUUAGUGGUAAACGUGGAUGGUAAGCGCUUUGAAGGAUAUGCACUGACCAAGAAAGACGCGAAGAAAAAGGCAGCUGAGGAAGCCCUUAAAAAUCUCUUCAAUAUUAUCUGCGUUGAAGGGUCAAAUGAAGAAGAAGAAGAACCUGUAGGAAAUAACCAAAAAAGUACCAAGUCAAAGCCGAAGCAGAAAAAAGAAGAGGAUGAGGAGAAAAUCCUUAAUGAUACACUGGAAAAACUGAAACAGAUGACCAUGCCUGAUGUGAAUAUUGUUAGAGAAAAACCUCCACAGCAACAGAGGGAGGCACAGAUGAGAAAACACAGUGAGAGUGGGAGUGAGGGAAAGGACAGUAGUGCUGGAGGCGAAGGUUCCCAGAAAGGAAACCGAAGCCGGGGUGGAAGACGGAGAAGAGGGAAAGGAAAGGCUAAUGCAUUGGAGGAUGUGGAAGGAAUGCUGGAGGAUGAUGAGGAAAUGGACUCUGACAAUGAAAGUGUGGUCAGUCAGAGUUCACAGUCCCAGAGAGGUAAGGAUGGUAGCAGAAGAGGCCGAGGAAGAGGGGCGUCUAGUCUGCCAAACAUCACCAGAAACUCCUGUGAAGGAUUAGACUCGGACAAUGAAAGUGUGGGCAGUCAGAGUUCACAGUCAGUAAAAGUCAAAGGCCAAUAUGGAAGAGGGGGCAGAGGGAGGAGAGGAGGCAAAGGGGCUGAUUCUCAGAGAACGGGCAGAAAUCAGGAAUCUGAUGGUGUCACAGAGCAACCUUCCCAUGAAUUUGAUGAUGGUGAUGAUGAUGAUGACUUCUCAGAAUCAAGAGUUUUUAAAUUCCUGGUGAGAACACUAGGAGGCUGUGCCAGUGUUUCAAAAUUCAAACAAGAGUUUUCUCCCUUGCCAUCAUAUUUUGAUGAUUGGAUUAUGAAGCCCAAGAACAGGUUGUCGAUCUACGAAAGGAACCACCAACCAAAAUUUAUCGGGCCUUUUUUAAUAGACGCUACUGUGUGUGUUGAUCACAUGGGUUUUGCAAAGAACAAAAGAUGUUACCGCAAGGAUUGCAGCCAUUUUCACAUCUGUAACUUUUACUUGAAUGGAUGGUGUAAGCGUGGUAUGAAAUGUAGGCAAGGCCAUACUUUUACAAAGGGACACAACCGGGUUGUAAAAGCAAAGUUGGGUCUUAAUCCAUUCAAAGAUGCAGAGAUAAAAACCAUCAUCCAGUGCAGGUAUCCUCAGAUUUGCCGCAAAUUGAAAUGCGCUGACGGAGAUGACUGUCCGUAUCUCCAUGUGUGUUUUAACUUCAUCCGAGAUAAAUGUGAAGAUUCUAAUUGCCAACGAGGACAUGAUUUGGAGACUCCCCACAACAUGUGGGUUCUUUCAAUUUAUCGAAUGGAUAAAUGGACAAAAGAGAAGCUAGCCUUGUUGAAAUUUCUCAUUAACAUGCCAAGAAAAUCUGGCAGCAAAAAGAGUCCAGAUGAUGGGGCAUCCAUCAUUGAUCCUUCUGAGUGUGGAAGUAAUAUGGAUGAGGAAGAUUUCUCUGAUGACAUAGAUAAUAUUGAUGAGGAUGAAGAUGAUUCCUCUGAUGAUGUGGAAGAUGAGGAUGAAAGGACAGAGUACAUAACUGAAUUUGAUGAUUUAAGGAAUCUGAGAGGAAAAGCUUCAAUGCCUAAAGAGGAAGUUCCAGUCGUGACUGAGAAGAAAAAGUUGAACAGGAAAGACAGAUGGGCUCAGCCUGUAGAGGAUACAGAGUUCUUAGUCAUGAGGAGAAAGCCAGACACAGAACCAUGUCAGCCAGAUCAUGCCCCUAAGCAGUCAAUGUCUAACAGCGUAUUGGACAAAGAUGCCCACAAAAAAGACAUCUGCCUGAAUGGUUUAUUAGGCACCUGCCAAGGCCAAGGCUGCGACCUGCACCACACCCGCCUGCCCUAUCUCUGGCAGAUACGUAUCUAUGGAGAAUGGGUCAGCUUUGGUGAUGAAGAAAAUCAGAGACUGGAACAGAGUUAUUGUAAUCAAGAAGACAUGGCAGAUGGAGAGGUGGAUUAUGACGAGAGAAAAUACAGGAUCCACAUGCUGUUUAAAGACAAUUCGGGAAUCCUCUAUGAAAUAAUUCAUGGAAAUGAGCCAUUGCAAACCAAUGAUGUUCUGAGCAUCCGCCGUCUUUCCACAACCUCGUAUGCCAAAGGAAAAAAGCCAAUGUCCACCGGAUCAUUUCGCACCCAGUGGAGAUGGUAUUAUCUGGAUGAUGCAAGUCAGUGGAUCCAGUAUGAAAAGGAUAGCCUGCAGUGCACUUUGGAGAAGAAAUUCAUCAUGGAACAAAAGUGCUACCUAUUCACCCGAAAAAGUUACAAAUAUAAAUAUAGAAUCGAGUUUGCUUGUUGGCAACAGGUAAACAUGGAAACGGCUAAAGUUCGCAGAAUUCUCCGAAGGCCAUUGUUUGUGUCUCUCUCUGAUGUGGAAUUAAAGUCAUUUCCCCCAAUCCUAGAAGUGCCUGGAACAAGCGCGACUCCCCCUGCCUGGGCUCCGUGGGACUUGGCACAUGACUUUGAGUUGGUGGAUCUGGAGGAGGCUAGUAAGGAAUAUGGAGAGGUGAAGACCUCAUUCUUUGCGACACUUAGAGAGGACAAUUUCCAGAUCUGCAACAUUUAUCGUAUUCAGAAUCUGGCUCUCUGGAAUGAAUAUAAAAUGAAGAAGUCGAACAUGGAGAGAGUUGGGAAUGUUAAUGAGAGAUGUCUCUUUCAUGGCACGGACUCCAUUGAUACAUGUUAUGGUAUAUGUACCAACAAUUUCGACUUUCGUUUGAGUGGGAAGAAUGCGACUAUGUACGGCAAAGGGUCGUACUUUGCCGUCACUUCAAAAUACAGCAAUUGCUACACCAGAGGGCCAAUGCGCUUGAUGUUGAAAGCCAAAGUUUUGAUUGGUUGCUCUACGAAAGGAGAGAAGGACUUUGUGUGUCCCCCCAACAUACCCGGGGAAGGUCACAAGCGAUACGAUUCCUGUGUAGAUGACACUAUCGAUCCUAAAGUAUUUGUCGUGUUUGACAGAAACCAGAGUUAUCCCGAGCAUUUGAUAGCUUAUAGGGAGAGGGAUGAUGAGCUUCUAAACUCUGCUCCCGAUCAUGCACCUGUUGCACAACCUAUGAGCAGGCCGGUUUCUUUGGGUGCGACUGCUGGGAGUUCAAAGCCAGUGUCUGCUAAUGCACAUCCUGGUAAUGUCCAGGCAUUUUCUAGUAGUGCCCAGGCUUAUCCCAGCUACCCUCAGACUAGCAGAACUCACAGUAGUGCCCAGGCUUCUCCCAGCUACCCUCAGACUAGCAGGACUCACAGUAGUGCUGCUGCUGCAGAUUUGUCCAGUGUACAACAGGUGUACAACAAUCCUUACCUGUCCUCACCCACAACUCCUCCGUCAGACUUACCUGCUCCACCGGAAUCUCGGGGUUUGUCUUACCGGACCUCCUCUGGACGUGUGCAGAGAAUGUCCUAUCCAGAAAGGAAGAAGGAGGAAUCCUGCAGCAUCCAAUAGACACGUUUCUGAUGCAGGAAAUCAUAUUGUCUGCAAAAUAUUAACAAUCAAAUUCCAUUUCCGAUCAGCAGGUCACCUCACUUUGCAGAAGUCCUCUGUGGAAUAACUUUGAGUGUGGGAUGGGUUUUUUUCUGUAGCAGCUGGUUUUUUUUUACUGGUUACAGCUGAAUGGUUUGUGUGAUUUUGUCCCUGAAUUUGCGAAUCAUAGAUGUUUACAGCUUUUUCAAAAAAAAAAUUCAUCAUUGAUUUUUGCAAUCCAAUCCCUAAAAGAUAGCUAUUUAUAAUCUGUGUUUCCAAUUCUGCGUUUGCAUUAUACAUAUCUAUACCUAUAUGUAUCGAUAUAUAUAUUUUGUGAUUGUAAUUUUUGUGGAUUAUUCCUAUCCACAAAAUUACACAAAAAUGGACAACCACAGAAAAUAGCCAUUAUACGGUAUACCAAUAUCAGCAAACUUCCAACACUAAUCAAAUAGGCUCUGCUGAUUCUGCUGAAACAAAUCAUUUGUGGGUGAUUGGUCAUUUACUCCAUAUAGUCAAACAAAGGGAUAAGAGUGCACCAGGCACAGAAAAAUUUGUUUGGUUAUAAUUGUAAUUCAUUAUGCAAACCAUGGUGAAUGAAAGUUAAUUUGCUAUAAACAGUUGAUUCACUAUGAGAGUGUGUACUGUAACUGUGUUUGACUGUAUUCUCUAUUUAAUUUUGCUUCUUGUAAUCUGGCAAUGAAAUAUUUUUGCUUUGUAUCACAUUUUUGGUUGGAUUGGCUGGAGAGGGUUUCCGGUUCAUUUUCUGAUUUUGUGAUUCAUGAAUUGGUUUGCUGAUCAGAAUCUAAAACACACUGUUGAAAUAUAUUCACAGGAUACUUGUAUGUGUAAUUCUCUGCCUAUAUGUUACAUAGAUACAGGGAACUGGUGAAGAAGUCUCUGUGCUGUGGAUAGAGAGAUAUAUGAUAAGACAGACCCCCAAAAAGCUGUUGUUGGUUUUUUUAAAAAUCAAUCAGAGCUUCGCAAAGUCAAUGUCGACAGAGACUGAGGUGGUCUAUUGCAUUUGUACAUGUAGUUGUCCUUUGUCAACAUUUAAACAUAAGCAACUUCUCAGCAAGUACAUGGCCAUGUUUUCAAUAAGGUAUGAAACAUCUUUAGGUAAUGGGAAACUAAAAGUUUUGAAUGUCAUUGUCACUACACCCCUGGGGCCAGAGGAGUUGGGAUAAAACCUUAGAUAAACCUGCACUUGGGGACAUCAGGAAGACAGACUGUGUAAAUAGUCAUAAUGAGAAAGAAUUCCUCUACCAAUAUUGUGAGAUUCAGGUUCCUGGGUCAGGGGUUCUAGUGCUAGGGUUGUGCAUUAUGGCUAACAUUCUGAAAAUUUGUUUUUUCAUAAAAAAUAUCUCGCUCCUGACUCCUGGAAAUUAGGUACAUAAUGAUAGGGAAGAGAGGAGCCGUUUCCAAAAUUGGAAAUUCAUUACCUUCGGGGCCAGGGUGCUAGGGCAGGGCAGGGGUCAAAAUCUGAAAAAGAUUGUAUGUACCUGUCUACCAAAAUUGUGAAAUCCCCUACCCCUGGGCAAAGAGUUCAGGCUUAAGAGCAGGGCUCAAAUGGGUAUAUAGUGAAAAUGCAUUUAAUUUUCAAUGUAGGGUUUAGUUUUAAUAACUUGCACAUUGUGUAAUGUAUAUCUUGUGUCCAUGGUAAUGAGAAGCAUGUAGCUGUCCACCAAAUUUAUAAAAUUCCAUUCCCCUGGGCAAGGGGUUCAUAGUAAGGGUUGGUCUUAAAUGGGUAUAUAGGGAAUAUUACUGUGUAUUGUGAAUAAAUACAUCAUGCAUGGUUAUGAAGUUUUUAAAAUUCUCACGAACCCUGGACUAAUUCCUGAGGCCUCGGAGAGUGGCAGUGAAAAUACAGUACAUGAUUUUCAAAAUAGUCUUUUACUCUUGGACAUUGAAAAACCAGAAUCUGGAAGGCUAAGGAUAAUUUAUUUUCAUUUUUUAAAAGUAAUUAAGACCUUUGAUUAAGCUGGCUAUUGAGGAGUUAUUGCAUGUUACUUAGAUGAGUGUUACGGUCCUUCAACCUCAAGUAUUGUGUCUGGUUACUACGGACUGGCAGUGGAGGGUCGGAUCGGAUUGUAGUUUGUUUCAAUUUUUCCUGAAUUGUAUACAUGCUUUGAAUAUGACGGAGACUAUUGUUUUGGUCCUAUAGGUACUAUUGACCACUUACAUUUCACGAUACCUUGUGAUCGCGUGGAUACAAUGAUGCAUAUAUUCGCGAGACGUAACUUCCAAAAAUCAUUAUUAAUUGCUGAACUCUUCUAUAUGUAAGAGUUCAUUUGCAAGAACUAAAUUUUCACAAAUGGCUAGUUCUGCGAAGUAAAUAAUGUUCUUGCGAAGAAAAUGACUGUGAUAUACUGCAUGAAAUGAUUCGUAUUUGGGCAGCAGGUUUUCAUUUGCAGACUUGAAUUACUAGAGUAUUUGACCAGUAUUUCAGUCUGACAUAGCGUACAGUAUUUACCCUCUGACCCUCUGAUGUGUGACUUAAUAAUGUUACUAAUCUGAUGAACUGUUAAUUCCUGAUAGGAUUAAAUGUGACACUGAUUUCCAGUGAUGUUGAUGAGGUCAUUUUGUUAUACCGGUAAAUUAGAAUUUGUCAUUAAUUGAUAUGGAAGUGGGAGUUAAUGGUGUUUUAACCUCCCAGAGAAAGACGUGAGUCUGUAAAUAGACUUCUGUCAUGCUGGGGUAGACUCCUCCCACACCGGGGUAGACUCCUCCCACACUGGGGUAGACUCCUCCCACACUGAGGUAGACUCCUCCCACACUGAGGUAGAUUCCUCCCACGCUAGGGUAGACUCCUCCCACGCUGGGGUAGACUCUUCCCACACUGGGGCAGACUCUUGUGAUGCAAGGGUAUCGCAGACACGGCAGAUAUAGAAAAUGAUAACCAUGAAAGAGUAUGUCAGUAUUCACAAAUGAAUCAACCAAUUAAAAGCUGUGUUCUUUGGAUAUGGGAACCUUUGCUUUUAUAUCACCCUGUGACCUAGUUAAUCAACCAAUGAAAAACUGUUCUUAUAAUGGAUAUUGGAACUACCUAAUGAAUCAACCAAUUAAAAGCUCUGUUUAAAUAUUGAAUUCCAAGAGCUGGUUUGUCUGAUCAGGGACUAUGGGUGUGGUACCUUGUCUUCUAUCUGACUACUGGGAAUUUUUUUAAUUGUAGUGUACAUUUUUUUACAUAUUGGAUUUUUCCCCGGAUGGGUCCUGUGUGGAACUUUAUGGUUUGGAAAGUAUUGACAGAGAUAUUAAUACUCCAAAUAGGAAGUGAAAUGCAGGUAAUUUAACUUGUCGGGAUUUAGCAUUACAACUUCACCUGUAGGAAUUAAUAUCAAAGUGCUGUUACAACUUCACCUAUAGGAAUUAAUAUCAAAGUGCUGUUACAUUUGGUGCUUAUUUCUCUUUGCUUGCUGUAAAACUAUAGCAUGUGCUGGGUGCUGGUAAAUCAUGAUUUUACUUUUAACCAAGUAAUAUUGCAUGUUCAGUAACGCUGAUUUCACUAAACGUGCAAGAUUUUUUUUCUCCUUCUUUCUUAAAGAUGGAAUAUCUUAACAGAACAAUUAUCAAAAGUUUACCUUUUGUCAUAGGUGAUUUUUAGAAUAUUAAGAAUUUAUGGAAAUUAGUGUUUGGUUUUUUAAAAAAUACAAGCAAAAAAUAUUUUUUCUAAGAAAGUUUUUAAAGAAUGCAAAAAAUUCUUUUUGAAUCUUAAUAAUCUUAUAGUUUUAGUCCUAGCUGUUAGAAGAAAAUUUUAAAACUCAUAUAUGAGUAAGUUUCAGUGCAUUGAAUUUUUUUUUAAAGAAUUUAGAUUUAGGGGCCGAGUGCAUUGUAUAUGCUUGACUUAUUUAGAUUAGGGGCCCUGAGUGCAUUGUAUAUGCUUGACUUAUUUAGAUUAGGGGCCCUGUGUGCAUUGUAUAUGCUUGACUUAUUUCUUUGAGAUCAAUGCGUUGUAGGAGGUGGGUUUUAUUUUAAUCAGACUGAGAGCUGUGGUAACCUGGUGAAGAAAUUAAAGUUUUACACGUAUUAUGUACUGUAAAAGUGGUUAUUCACACACACACACACAGACACCCCACCCCCCCACCCCCCACCCCCCCACGCAUGUAGAUAACCACUAUAAAUUUACAGUAUUGCUGUUAACAACACUCCUUUAGUCCUUACCAUUGUUUUGAUUUUUUGUUUAAUUUGGUGUUGCUUUUUAUUGUAAUGCAUUUAAAAUUCAUUGUUUGAUUCAAUAAAAACUUAAUUCCAAAUCAA